AUGGCGGACAGCGGUUCACAGACUGAGGCCUUGUUGAAAGGUCCUCUUUACGUUUAUGACCUCCCCUCCAAGAUCUUGGAAAACCUGACGCUCAAAUCCCACGCGCAACCGAUCGCCACUCCUCCAACUGACACAGUCGCUGCUACUGCCCACUCUUCUGACCGGGAAACUGUGAUCGCAACAUCGAACUCAUGUACGCUCUGUCAAAUAUCUUUUCAAAAUGUGCAAGAACACCGUGACCACGCCCGAUCGGACCACCACCGAUACAACGUCAAGGCCCAACUGAGGGGUAAUCAACUGCUGAAUGAAGCGGAGUUCACCAAAGCUAUUGGAGAAAUAGACGAGUCGAUAUCCGGUUCAGAAAGCUCAGAGUCCGAUGAAGACGAACCCGAACCUCAUGCGUCUGAUUCUAAUUUAGUGGCGCUAUUAAAAAAACAGGCAAAAAUCUCGCAAGAAGAAUCGACAGUUCCACAGGAGAGGAAUGCCUUGAACAAACAACCCAUAGUGUGGUUCUCUAACCCUGACCUCCCUCAAAAUACAGCUUUGGGAGUAUACAAAGCGAUUUUCUCAAAUAAGGAACAGGACAAUCUGGAGCAUAUCGUGGAUGCCUUGCGAAGAAAGCAACUGGAGCCCAUCAAGCGGGUGAAUAAUACCGACAAGGCUUCUUCAAACCAAGGGCCACAUAUAUUCAUGUGUAUGAUAGGCGGUGGGCAUUUUGCUGCUAUGAUCAUCGGACUUGCUCCUGAAAUACAAAAGCGACAAGGGGGUAUCGAGGAGCGUCAAGCCAGAGUACUUGCGCACAAGACAUUUCAUCGUUAUACAACACGUAGGAAACAAGGUGGCGCACAGUCGGCUAACGAUGCGGCCAAGGGUGCUGCACAUUCCGCUGGUUCAAGUCUAAGAAGAUAUAACGAAGCUGCGUUGGAGAAUGAUAUUCGCACUCUCCUCAAGGACUGGCAAGCUAUGAUUGAUACGGCGGAACUCAUAUUUGUUCGAGCCACAGGAAACACCAACCGUAAGACAUUGUUUGGCUCAUACGAAGGACAAGUUCUUCGAAACAACGAUGCUAGAUUACGGAGCUUCCCAUUUAGCACACGUCGUGCCACCCAGGCGGAACUCAUGAGAUGCUUCAAGGAACUCACUCGAGUCAAAGUGAGCCAAAUUGAUGAAACGGCUUUGGCAGCUGCGCAAGCAAAACCACGCGAGACGAGUACAAAGCCUGUCAAACCAGCUCCACAGCCAAAGGCACCAAAGCUGUCCGAAGAGGAGGAGGCUGCAAUGCUACAUACCUCACAAAUACAGGCACUUAUUCGUCGAUCAAAGGCGCCCGCCCUCUUAUCCUACGUCUCAAACAAUGCCAUUCCUCCAUCUUUCAGAUUCUUUCCCGCAGAUGCACCUCAGAACCAUCACGCGCCUACUCCACUCCAUCUUGCUGCCAACUCAGAUUCCCCUGCUCUGGUAAUUUCUCUCUUAUCGAAAGCCAAAUUCGAUCCCACUAUGAAGAAUAGCGAGGGGAAAACGCCAUUUGAUCUUGCUAGAGAUCGUGCCACCCGUGAUGCAUUUCGAGUGGCGAGGCAUGAAUUGGGAGAAUCAGCCUGGGACUGGGAAGCGGCACACGUGCCGUCCCCGAUAUCUCAAGCUGAAGUAAGCCAACGUCAAGAGAAGGAGAGAGAGGAAGCCACCAAAGAGGAAGCAGAUCGUCGCAAAGCCGAGAUAGAACGUUUGAAGGCGGAAGAGGCUGCUAAUGUGGCUGCGGUAGAGAAGCGGAAGAAUGUCGGUGGCAGGAAAUUAGCUUCGUUGGACAAAACAGCCACAGAGAAGCGGGAAGACGAAAUGCGUGGUAUGACGCCUGAAAUGAGGAUGAGGCUAGAAAGGGAGCGACGUGCUCGAGCUGCGGAGGAGAGAAUUCGCCGUAUGCAAGGCAGUUGAGCAGCCUUUUGAUGAAUUAUUUUCUUCCCAAGCAGGUACGCAGCAAGUGCUAGCUGCGUAUGAUGCUAUCCGAUGAAACCGAGUCGCAAUCUGUCUGCGAUGGUAUAUCUGCGGGCGUCAAACUUUGGACCUUUUGUCCUGUCUGACAAAAUAGAGGACCUUCAGCCUCAGCAGAUUGCGUCAAAUGCGUAUAUUUGAUAGCUACAUCACUUUUGAGCUCUGCAGUGUACAUAGCAGAGUGUCCUAAGAUGAUAUUUAAAUAGUGAACUAUCUAGAGAAUAUAUAUUUGAGGAAGGGGUCUGCCCACGCUCCGCACCUUCCUCGUCUAUCAC